AACCUCUACGCGGUGGUUUAUACCACACAGCUCGCAGUCGCACCUCGCGCACCGCUCGUUUGACACGCCACUGGAGCAAACCGGAACUUUCUGCUUUUUACAAUAUGGCGGCUAUAACGCUGUGCUUUUUGGCGGUAUUGUGCAGUUUGCUACAUCAAGGCUCAGCCAUCGUGUGCUACCAAUGCAACAGCCACAACGACUCCCGUUGCCUCAUGGACAAACUGCCCGACUCCCUUCGCAAGGAGUGCGGCUCUAAGGACACCAUGUGCAGGAAGAUCAAGCAAAUCGUAGAGUUCGAGAUGAACGGCAUGCCGCCGGACAGCAGGGUUAUCCGAGGGUGCGGCUGGGAUGAAAGCAACUACAAGGGACGUUGCUACCAGCGCUCAGGCUUCGGCGGUCGCCAAGAAGUCUGCUCCUGCCUCGAAGAUGGCUGCAACUCGGCCACAGCGCCCGUGGCCGCCACACUGCUCAUGCUACUCACCGCCGCGGUCCUCAGGUUUUAGGUCCAGAAGGUUCAUUAGAGUAGGGAAUGCUCGAUAGGUAGUCUAGUCGAUUAAUGAUGCUGAUGAGUAUUUUAAAGGUUGCGCACUAAGAAGUAAACGGAUUUUAAGGUCAUACACCUUUAGGUUCAGACUCUCCUGUGGACAAGGCCAAUGUUAAGGGCUUAAAGCUUAAAUUUCUGAUUGAACGAAGCAUAAAAAAAGCAUAAAGGAGUAGGUAGGUAUCCCUUUGUUAUUAACCUGUGUGAUAAUAGUUAUUUGUAAAUUACUGAUUGUUUUACAAGGGGGCAAAGUUGUUAUUUAACUGUGCUGAUGUUGAUACCCGCCCGAGCAAGUAAAAGAUUCCAAAAUUGAACCACGAACGUAGCUAAUAGUUCGUAGAGUGAAAUCUGAGCGUUGCGAGUGUUUCAAGGUACGAGGGUUAAAAAAACUUUGCUACCGAGUGAAAUACUAUUUUUUUUACCACAAUAACUAAAUACACAAAAACUGUUAAUUAUUGUCCACAGAAGUGUUAACUUUUGUUAGUGAUAGAUUUGUUGUAUACCUCAUUAUCGAAGUUUUUUGAUCAAAAUCGGCAAUCUUUAGUAGCCGCAUUGAAAACUGCAACUGACACUACACGUUUUAAAACUGUUACCAAGAGAUCCCGCCGUGUUAUCAAUUAGCAAUGUAAAUGAUAAUAGGUAUUAUUAGAUGUUUAAAUAGAUUACGUAACUUAUUUGAAUGGUUCUCAAUGUUCUCAUUCUAUGUGUUCGUUAUGUAAGUUACUGUUAAGUUAGUUAGCGAGCUGUACAUAGAUGCCAUAGAUGGUAAACGAUGGUAAUUGAUGAUAAUGUCACUGUAACUGUCAUUCUGUUAAAGCCGACACUGUAAAGUUUAUUGUGCCAUAGAUUAUUUGUUGUGUUUGUGUUUUGCUAUUAUAUUUAUUAGUUUUUCA